AGUGACGAUCUAUUUCAACAUCCUUACUCGAAAUGUGCCGCGGAUGUCUCUACGAUACUCUUAUCGCCCGUCAAAGAAGCGAGAGAAGCAUAAAAUACAUGCAUGUAGCAUAAAUAAAAUGGUGGUAGAAAAACAAGCAUGAAAUAGGGAACAUAAGAAAGGAACAUUAAUUUCGUGCGCUAUCUAUCUAUUGAUCUCAAAUGACACUAAAUGUCAAUAGAGGCGAUCGGUUUGCCGUAACGGAAUACACGUGAAAUUUGCCUCAUCUUUUGUGAGUAAAUUCACUGGUUGCUUAACAAUGUCGAAACAAGCCUCCCAUCGAUAUAUUCGACGUUGAGUCAACCGUUCGAUCGUUCAAUAGUUCAAUAGUUCGUAUCCUUCUUCCAUGGAGGUUAGGAAUCAGUGGCUCAAGAUGAAAAGUGUAUCAGAUGCAAAUUUUAAACGAUUUGUGAUAAUUUGUAACCUGUUGAGGGUCAUCGUAUCAUUUUAAUAAAUUAAUUCUGUCAUUUACAAGAAUAAAAAACGGCUGAGUUUUAUAAAUUCUAUAACAGAUAGAUAAAAAUAAUAUCUCCUUUUAUUACCGCAUAGAUCAAAUAAAAAAGAUGUUCUAGAGUUUAAGAGAUAAAUUUAUUCGUUCGAGGUGAAACUCUGUACAACUCGGUCAAAGGAAGACCAACUCGUUUAUCGCGACGGCAAGUUAAAUUUUCCAUUCGAUUGAUAGAACACGAUAAAUGUCAAUUUGGAAGUUGACUGGAAAUGAGUAAAAAAUGGAUAGAAAAAAAUUCAACGAUACUUUUUGUAGUAUGGGAUAAAGUCUCUGCCGAAACCCUAUAUUUGUCUCGAAACGAACGUACUCGAAUAAAUGGUAUGUAAAAAAAGUUAGAAAAAGAAUAAUUGUUCGGGGAACGGAAGUAACGGAGGAAGAAACUUUUGCAACGCUUUUUAACAGCCUUCCUCGAUGGACGAUAACGUCACCACACGAUAACGACGAAACUCGUCUGUCAAGUGUUAUGGAUUGAGGGAUCAAGUCGGAUCGACAUUUUUUCAGAUCCCAUAGGUGGAGAAUAACAAGGUACACAGGAAGCAGAGGAUACGAAGAGGAUGAGAGAAGAUGAACGUAACGCAGGCGCGUUUAAAGGAACUCGUGCGCGAGUGGUGUUCACGUCUGUAACGCUUUCAAGAACUCCGGCGGGAGCUGCGAUUCUUCCUUUCAGUUUACCGUGGUCCCGCUUCCGAAACUUAUGUCGUGUAUUAUUCUCGCCGGGUAGAAGGUAGUUCGAUCGUAAGUUUCGAUUGUGCGCUUCGUCGAAAAUAGAUACGGAACGAUAAAACCGACGUAUAAACGAGUUAAGAGUUAACCGAGGAAGGAAUUCGGAACAUAAGGGUUAAGAAUAGUGGAGAUAAAAAGUUUACGGCCCGCUAAUGGUUGUGGUUUAAUCUUCUCGCCCAUUAAUUAUAAUGGAUGGUAAAAACAAUUGAUAGAAUUCGCGGAAUAUCGUUGAUUAGAAAAUGUUAAAAAGGAUAGUCUAUCUGAUACGUAUAAGCAAGUGACUCUGCAAAGCUGCAUUUACUUGCAUUUGAAAAAGUAAAUAUUUAAAGCGAACAUGGUGGAAUUUUGUAAAGUAUACGUGUAAUUUAAACAGAUACACUCAAUGUCUCGCUCAAUGCAAACCUUUUGCCGGUUUAAGUGGACGUCUCGUAACGUCCAGAAAUCACUUUCGCUCGCGUUCCAUUGCACGCACAAGAUCAUACGAGAGAGCUUGAUAUUGGAUUAUAAAAACGAGGAAAUCAUGUCGACGAAUGUAUACAACGACUCGAGGAUAUCUUCACCAGAGUUUAAUAGCUCGUACAAUGGGACGAUGGUGUCUUCGAACGAAAGCUUCGGAAUGGACAUCACCGGGGAUAUACUUUGGUACUUUUACGACAAGUUUCACAGCGAAACUAAUUACUUGUUGAUCAUCCUCUAUAUUCCUGUGAUGGCACUCGCAAUAACGGCCAACGUUCUCGUGAUUGCGGUCGUUUUCAAAUACCACUACAUGCGUAGCGUGACUAAUUAUUUCGUGGUCAACUUGUCAGUGGCUGACCUUUUGGUGACUACUAUUUGCAUGCCUGUGGCUGUCAGUCAAGCAAUCUCUAUAGUAUGGAUCCACGGCGAAAUAAUGUGCAAACUUUCCUCUUACCUUCAGGGUGUUGCAGUCGCUGCUUCGGUUUUUACCAUCAGCGCGAUGAGCAUCGACAGAUACUUGGCGAUAAGGAGUCCUAUGGCAUUUCGACGAGUGUUUAAUCGAAGAAGCACGGUUCUCGUAAUCGUGGCUCUUUGGUUGGUCGCUCUAAUCAUCUUUGCUCCUGUUCUCAGGGCGAUGACCCUCCACAGUCCGAGUAUGGAACUUAGUAACAUAUCUUUCCACGGAUCCUGGACAAUGACGAGGAAUUUUUCACAGAAUACCUCUCGUGUCUCUCAUCUACCACCUGUUUUCUACAUUUGUUCCGAAGAUUUUAAGCCUCUGGGCAUUCAGGCGCCUCUUUUCGGUGCUGUGUGCUUUGUGCUGGUUUAUGCGAUUCCAGGUUUCGUCGUAAUACUAUCUUACUCCAUGAUGGGUCGAACACUGUGCGCCCGAAAACCACCUUUCGACUGUGAUAGCGUCGAAGGAAGCGCCAGUUCGCAACAGAGUUUCAGGCUGGUACGUGAGAGAAGGCGAAUUGCUUGGAUAUUGCUUCUUUUGGCGGUGUUCUUUGCUCUGUGUUGGUUACCAUAUAACGUCUUAAUGCUACUGAUAGAUCUGGGCGCAGUUGGGGGAAAGACAGCGAGAGAUGCUCUUUCCUAUUGCCUGUUUCUGGGACACGCGAAUAGCGCAUUGAAUCCUGUCGUAUACUGUGUUAUGACUCGUAAUUUUCGGCGGAGUAUAUCGGAGAUUCUUUGCUGUGGAACCCAUGGGUUCACUCGUCGGAAACUCCGUCACAGGAGUGCUCAAGGAACCGCCGUGAUCGAUGACAUGUGUGCAGGGUGUAGUGCUAGUAGCACGAUAAGACGCGGAUUGCUUCGCAAGCGGAGGAUGUUACCUGGAUGCAGAUGUGGGCUACCGAUUAACGGCCAUCACGCAGUUUUGGCCCUCCGACGAACGGCCACAACUAGCAGCGGAUACGACAGCUACCUUAGCAGACACAGUCCUCAUCGACGUUGUUACAUGUUACGGAGUCUUCGGGGAAGGCCGCAAAUGGGGAUGGAACAAGUCCAGGUAAACAAAACUCAAGAGACCUGCUACAAGAAGAACGAAGCCUGUCAACCUCAGAUAAAUAUAUUCAUCACCACGGACGAACAACAUUGAACAUAGAAAUAAAUGAUUUCAUUUUAA